AUGUUCAAUAAAGAUUAUUUAUCCAAAUUGCUCUACUUCCAACGAUUAAAAAAUAUCACCUCUGAAAAAGAUUAUGAACCCAUACUGCAGAGUUUUCUCCAAUUAGCCAAACUCCACUAUUAGCCCAAAGAUAGAUUUGUGUUCAAAUACAAACUCAAAAUUGAUUACUUCCUCAUUCUACUUAAAGGCAGAUGUCUGAAAUUAAUACCAAAAUCUCAUGAUUAACUUACAUAAGAGAUCAAAGAAUUAGAAUUGAGAUAUCCAGGUAUUCAGAGGUUGCCUUAAAAUUUCCACCUAAAUCCUACAACCAAAACCCUCUAGUUCAGAGGUAAGGAAAAUUACCCAAAAGAAAAUCUAGUUAUCUUAUAAGAUUAGUUAAAUCAAUUAAACAUCCAAUCCUUCCAGAUCUUGAGUCUAAUGACACAUCUCAUUGAAGGACAUGUGGUUCGAUUCCAAAGUGCUCAUAUCAUUAAUGAGGAUGAUGCUCUUAUAGAAUCCAUUACUUAAAAUGCUCAAUGCACCAUCAUUACCUUGGAUAACUGCGAGUUUCUGCAAUUGCAACUCUAACAAUAUUAAGAAAUCAUCGAGACCUCCAAAAGAAGGAAGAAUGAGAAAAUCGAAUUUCUGAUGUGUAGAGCAUUUCAAGAUGGUAUCAAAUAUCCUGACUUCAAACGAGUCCUUCAGGAACUGAUCAAUUCUUCAGAAAGAGUUAAAUUAUGCAAUCAUCAAAAUCUCUAUUCCUUCGAGAUGCAAUCUCAUUAUGUGUAUUUGAUCUUAAAAGGAGAAUUCUACGUUUCCUACAGUAGUCAUAACAAUAAUUUCGAAGUCCAAUGUUUUGGUAGUGAUACUCAAUAUGAUAGAUUCAGAAAGACUUUGAGACACGAUCAAAAAUAAGCCAAACAAUUAGUUCGCUAUCCAAUUCAAAUCAAUGAAAGCACAUUUGAACUCCUUAAGUAGGCAAACAAAUUCUCUACCAGAGAGUACAUUUUAUUGAAAUUGGGACCUGGAUAAUUGUUAGGCGAAGAGGAUUUCAAUCACGAUUGUUUCAACAACGUCUAUCAUUCAUUUAAUUGUUAAUGUGUUAGUGCCAAGGGAAGUGUUCUAGCCAUUAAGAAAGUCGAUAUCUAUCGUAUUUGUAUUGUCAACGAUUGGUUUGCCAAGCUUUUCCAUAAGAGAUGCGAAAUGAAGCGAAAAUGGCUCUAGGAAAGAUUUGAAAAUCAUUUGAACAAAGACAUAUAGAAUGAAAUUUAAAAAAAAACUAUCCAACCUGAAAAAACAUAAAGAGUAGAUGAUUCCUUAUUCCUGAGACUCAAAUUCCUAGAUGAAGAAGCCACCAAACACAAAAGCACCAAAAUCUAGAAAUCGCAAAUCUCUCCAGAUAGAGAUCUUACAACUCGUUGCAAUUAAAGAAAAUUGGCACUAAAAAAACUCAUAGAACACAAUAGAAAAUCCAACCCUAACAAUGAUCCCAACUGCAUUGGUAUGAUUCAAUAUCUAAUUAAACUUGAUCGGCAUAAAUAAAUGCUCCUUCAACAUUCAAUUCGAUUAGCAAUAGGAUCAUAAAUGAAUAAAUAAAGAAAUUCCUCCCAACAUACUUAAGCUAAUGACUAAUCGAUUAGUAAGUCGAGAAUAUCACCUCAACGCACAUAUUCUUUUAGAUUAGGAAGAAGUAACUCAAUGAUUAGUAGUGUUAUUAAUUAUAAAAAAUGAACUAUUAAAUAUUCUUGAGAAUUCGAAAUUAUGAAUAUGUCAACCCAAUUUUCAAAGCAGAAGAAUGCCAAAUCACCUUAAAAGUAUGAUAUCCUCAAAUCUAAAUAGACCCCUGGAUCCAAAGAAACAGAAAAAUUCAUCUUUGAUUAUAUUUUUCAUGAUGCAACCACAGAUGAUAUUAUCAAAGAGAUUGGCUUUAAAUAAUUAAAUAAGUUAAUCUUGGUUUACGGAUAAAGUGGAAGUGGUAAAUCAUAUACAUUGUUUGGAGAUUUUAACAAUCCUGGAAUUAUGCCUUCCAUAAUCAAAAAAUUAUUAGCUGAAAAACAUAAACUUACAAUUAACUAUAAGGUUGUUGGCUUAGAUUAUUAGAGCAAUUAUGUGACUGAGGAUAUGACAAAAAUUAGCAUCUUUGAUAUGGAAACUGUUUGGGAAUACUAAGCAGCAUUUUCUAAAUUAAAGCGUAAGGAGCAUUUAAUUGUCACUUUGAUUAUCGAUGAAAAGGAUCAAAUUAGAUUUGUGGAUUUGGCAGGACCUGAAAGACAAGCCAAAGAUUUAUCAGAACCAUACAAAUACUAAGAGGCUAUUUGGGCUUCCUAAUAGUUUCAAGUAUUGGCAAAAUGUUUAAAUGCCUUCUCAAAAGGAAAAAUAUAAUCAUUAGAAGAUUCAAAACUCACUCAACAAUUGCGAUUUGAUCUCGGUACUCAAGUUUCUUUGAUUGGAACUAUUUAUCCUACAAAUUCAAAUUAUGAUGAAACUCUUUCCACAUUGCAAUUCAUAGAUCGAACUAGAAAUGCCGUUACAUUACCAAGAAAAGAAUCUUUAAGAACGCUUGAAAUUACCAAAACCUAAACUUAAGAAAAGCAGAUUAAAUUGUUGGAGUAUGAAAAUAAAGAUUUAAAGGAUUAAAUCUCAAGACUCUAAUAAGAAUAGAAAAACAAAUUAAAAGCUCUGAAGGACAUAUUAUGUAUUGACUUUGAUUUGGAUAACCUAACAAGUAUAAGUUUCAAGGAAAUUCAACAAUUUAAGAAAUAGUAAGAAGCUCUGAUUGCCAAUCAAAAUUUGUAAAUACAAUUAAAUGAAUAACAGACUUACAUUAAUUAAUUAAAGUAAGAGAUCUCUUAAUUAAAAUAAGAAAUAAAGGAAAAGCAAGAAAAAUGGUAAUUUCAAUUGGUCGAAUAAAAGUAUAAAAAUUUUAAAAUAAAUGAAUAAUUUGUUACUCAAAAAACAUAAAUGAGUGAAAUGAUGAGACAGAUGUAAUUGGAGAAAGAAUCUUGCAUAAAAUCUGUGAUUGAAAACUCAAACCAUGUGAUAGAAGAAAAAACAAACAAACUAUUUUAAUUACCGAUCACAGCAAAUCUAAAGCAAUUAGAUAAUAAUAAAAUAUAAGAUAUUAAGAAAUAAAUCAAAACAGAAAUGGAAUAAGAUUUGACAAAGUAAUUGACUCAAAUAAAGUCAGAUAAUGAAAAUAACCUACAAUAAUUGAAAUUGAUGUAUGAUAAUAUGCUAAAAGAAAAAAAUAAUGAAAUUGAUUAGUUUGUUUCUUAGUAUAAAAUAUAUAGGGAGAAGAAAAAAAAUGUAAUAAAGGAAAUGAAAGAGGAAAUGCUCUAAAUGUAUGAAAUCCUGAAUAAAUAGUAAUUAUUAAUUGAUAAGAUUGAAAAUGGAACCUACAGUAAUGGAAAUAAGGUUUUGGCAAUCCCUAGGAAAGAUAAGCCAGUUCCACCUAAUCAAUCCUAAUUUAAACAGUAAAUAUAUCUGUAAACAUAUAUUUAGUCUGAAUCAUUUUCUUGAGAGGAAGAAAUCUUUUGAGAUUCAGAACAAAAAAUCAUCAAGUGCUGAAAAAUCCUUUCUUUUAACACCCAUUAACAGAGUUGAAAGAUCACAAACCACAUUUUAAGAAAAACCAAUCAUUGUUGAUCCUAAUGAUGUUGAACUAUUUAAUAUAAAUGAGAUGGACAUUCCUAAAUUGAAAUCAUUUAUAAUAAAACUGAAGGAAAUGCUGAAAAAAGAAUAGUAUGAAAAUAAAAUUAAAUCAGAGAAAUUUAAAUAAGAAUUAGGAGAACUUAAAAAAGGUAGUAUAUUUAAUUUAUUUAAGAUAAGGAGGAGAUGCAAAUUAAAUAUAAUGUUGAAAGCAAAAAAUACAAUCAAUAAAGAGUAACGAUUGAAUCUUAAAACAGACUUCUUACUAAAUUAAGACCAACUAGUUCACUCUUAAGAAAAUAAUCUUGA